GUGUUGUAUUAUGAGUGCAGAAGGCAUGUUUGUUUUUCGAGCUGUUGCCUUUUCCGUCAUCCUGUGCUGUCAGAGUUCCCAUAAUAUCAUUUUGUGUUUUGUGUUUUGCUUUAAAAGAAACCCAAACCUAUAAAGAAGAUAGAAAUAUGGCAAAGGAAACGUCUGGUCUUUUAAUGAAUGUAAUUGGGACUCUGUCAUCCCUAUCCUCAAAUGAACAACGUGACAGGGAGAAAGCCAAACUCGAGCGGGAAUUUAAACUUAGCGAUCAGAGAUUGGAAAAAUUGGUCUCCACACAUCACAGAGACUUGGCCAGUGUAAUGCAAAUUUACAGCAAAGUUUCAGUAAGCAUUAAUGAUGCCCGAACCCGAAUAGCUAUGGUGAAAGGCCAAUUGGCUGCUUGCAGAGGACUUCUACAUUGUAGAAGAGAUGAACUUAAGAAACUGUGGCUUGAGGGUGUGGAACAUAAGCAGGUGCUUCUCAUGCUGAAUCAAAUUGAAAAAUUAAAAGAAAUUCCUGACAAAAUUAAUGAAAAUAUAGCAAAGAAGAAUUAUAUAGCAGCUGCAGAGCUUGUGGUUGAAGCCCAAGAAAAUCUACAAGGUCCACUGCAAAAUGUUGAAGCUUUAAAGGAUGUUCGGAGUGAUCUUGCCACAAAACAAGAGCGAUUUUACAAAAUUCUUCUGGAAGACUUGAAUCACUAUAUCUACGUAAAAUCGUCCAUUGACGUACUGCAGUGGAAACGUGCUGCAACUUCUCAAGCUCCUUUUCAAAGAGCAUCAAGUGGACGCAAUUCCUCUGGCAGGACCUCUGGAAACUUAAUUUCGAAAAACGACGCACCAAAAGUAAAAUCACUGAUGCUAGAAGUUGUCGGAAGCAGUCAAGGUGCUCCAGAUGAGAAAAGUAACCAGUGUAUAUAUAACAUAGUUCAGUGUCUCUCGCUAGUAAAUAAGUUACCUGAAACACUAGAAAGUUUAAAAAAUGGAAUGGGAAUGGAAAUGACAUUGAUUACGAGAAAAACCGCUCAACAAAUUAGCGAGAUGUAUCCGCCUAAUAGCAAAAAUGUUUUGAAGGAACUGUUUGAGGCUGUAAUGGAGCAAAUGCGGAGGAUCGUGAAGGCUCACAUUGCCGUUCUCGAUAGCGUUAAGGCUCUACUGAAGGACCAGCAGUACAAUAACGAUGUUGUUAUGUACAACAUAGAGGAUGUAUGGUCCCAAGUACAAACUGUGAUUCAAGUUUUGUUGUCCCAAUAUUGGGAUAUUGGUAGUACCGCUUCAAAAAGCGGUAACUCGGGCAGUAGUUUCUCAUCAAAUUCUCAAUUGGGAGCAGCCGAUUUGAACGCAUACUUUUCCAGGAGACGACAGCCCAGACCACAGAAAACGACAUUAUUCCGUUUCGAAGGUUCUCUCCAUUCAAUCAGCUUGAAUGAGUCUAAUAGCGACUAUUCCAAGCAAGACCAACAUGGUCUGGAUGCGCAGGAUCGGAUUUUAAUUGUCGAACCUAACGCGCGUUUGGUGAUUGAAAUUUAUCAACCCUUAAUGACCUUUGUUCAAGAAAUAGAAACUGCGCUGGGGUGUAGCUCUCAAGGGACGCAUUGCGCGCUUCAUGUGUUUAUCACAGUAUUUACACGCGACGUUUUUCUCAGUCAAAUUCACAUCGAGAUGGGCACCGCCCUAGAUGAAGCCACGCGAAAACUGGAUAUGUGGAAGUCUGUAAAUCCCACUGAGUUGACACAAAAUACAAAAGCCACACGGCCUUUGCUUCAGAGCACCAUACAAGUUUACCGCUGUCUGAUGGAAAUCCGCCAACUAAUGGAAGCGCUUCCCCAAUUUGCCCAGCAUUUUCUCGGAAUGACCUGCAAUAUGCUACUGCGAUACAGCGAAACUUGUCAAGCGGCUUAUCGAGGUCUAGUUCAACCGGACUCGGAAGACAAAAGAGUAAUCAGUGCUACUUGGGCGAAAGAUGAAGACAUACAUCGAUUUCUGAGGUCUCUUCCGAGUUGGACGGCUUUGCAAACUGUACGAGCACAUCGGAACUCCGGAACGACCGAUUGUGAAACUUAUGAAGAUAGCCCAGAGGAAAUCAGGCAAAGAAGUGCCAAAGAAACGGAAAUACUAACAGGAAAUCUUGGUGACGCCAUUAUUCCACCCCAUGAGAUUCUCGCCGACCCUACGCAAUUGCGUAUAUUGGCAUUGCUACAAGAAUCUUUGGAGUGGUUUGCAGCACAUAUACAGGAAUUAGCGAAUAGCAUAACUCGCUCUGGCGCUUCUGAAUCCGUCCUAGCUCUUCCAGAGUCGAACGUUCAGACUUUACUGGAACUAGCGAAAGAUUUUGAAGACCUAGCCGACACCUGUCUAUUAGUUUUGCAUUUGGAAGUGCGCGUGCAUUGCUUUUAUCAUCUAGUGCCACUUGGAAGACAAUCGCAGUUUUGGCUGAAUGGCGACAAUCAAGAACCUGACCCUGAAAUUGGCCGACUCAGUCGCGAUUUGACUGCAAUCGACGAAUCCCUAUCAGCUUUCAUUCAGCCACGAAAACAUCGAUACAUAUUUGAGGGAGUUAGUCACCUUGUAUCCAGUAUCAUAAUGUCAUCGGUGCAGCAUAUCCGGCGGAUGAAUGAAAAUGGCGUCAAAAAGAUGUGUCGCAAUAUUUUCGCCUUGCAGCAAACGUUAACCAGCAUCACUUUGGCCCGCGAACCAGCGUUGGACCAUGCGCGCCAAUAUUUUGAGCUGCUUUGCGUAACGCCAGAGGAAAUAUUAAAUGGUAUUCUGGAGCGCGGAUCUCAAUACACUGAAUUGGAGUAUAUUCAAGUACUUCAACUAUUGAACAGAAGUCGCCCCGGUACAGCUUCCAACGAAAUAACUCGUCAUCUCGAACGCCUGUCGGAGAUCCUAGGAGAAUUAGGUGUCACUGUUUAAAUUUAUUUAUCUAAUCUUACCAUCCGUGUGACGUGCAGGGUUUGUCCGGGUCGUCUCCCGUUUCUAAAAAUUUCGUUGCUUUACGAUUUCAAUUGAAGAAAUUGUGAUUCUCAUGGAUAAUCACCGAGUAUUUACGAAUAAAUAUUGAUUUACUGUUA